AUGUACGUGUUGCUUUUGGUCUCGUUCUUCUUUGUUGACCAGACGAAGGCCCAACGACUUUCAUUCGAUACCAUUGUCAGCUUUGGUGAUUCCAAUACAGACACUGGUCGAGUUUAUGAACUAACUCAGCACACGUGGCCCAUCACUCCACCAUACUAUCAAGGUCGAUAUUCGAAUGGUCCUGUUUGGAUAGAAAGAUUAGGUGUGUCAAAUCUGAAAAACUACGCUUAUGGAGGUGCAACAACCGAUGAUCAUCUAGUUGAAGGAUAUGCAGCGUCGGAUACGAAGCGUGUACCAGGUAUUCGUCAACAGAUUCAAAUCUAUUUAAAUGAAACUAAUCGUACUGGAAUAGAUUUCACACGGACUCUUUAUGUAAUUUGGGCUGCUGGAAACGACUAUUAUUUCAGUGACAGAAUUACUCCAUUCAUUGUCGCAGCUAGUAUCACAAAUGCCGUUAAAGAUUUGAUUCAGAUUGGCGUGAGACAUCUCCUGGUUAUUAAUUCGCCACCUAUACACAUUAUGCCAUUUAUUCGAACUAAAUCACAAGCUGACUACUUCAGACGCCGUACGAUUUAUCAUAAUAAUAACCUUUCUCUCGCUCUUGACAAACUUGAUUACAAUCCUCAAGAAAUUUCCCUGUAUCUAUUUGAUAUUUAUUCGUUGAUUUUAAAUCUAACAACAAGUAACUCAACAAAUGCACUCAAGACUAAAAACUGCUGGGAAGUCACCAACGGUAAUGUGACUGCAUUAUGUCCAAAUCCUGAUCUAUAUGCUUACAUUGAUCAAAAUCAUUUUUCAGCACGAAUGCAUGAUUUAAUUGGACAUGCUAUGCUAUAUACUUUUCUUGCAUGUUUUCUUAUUAUUUUCAAUCUUUUCAAUACAUCUUCAACAUCAACAACAGCUGCUAUUUCGUCAUUAACUGCGUCAUACCAUGAUCCACUAAUUCUCAAUUUUCUUGUGUUUUCCUCAAAUUUAGAAACUGCUAUUACCUUCGAUGUUAAAGUUGGCUGGAUACUUAAUGAACAAAGGAAAUUCCGUAUAUAUCUAAGUGGUGUCAAUCUCCAUAAUAGUUCGAUUGUUUUCACAUCGACUGACGAAUGUUUAUCAAAUGAUUAUUUAACAGACAUUUAUCCGUUAACUUCCACGGCACCUGCCACCAUCGAUGUAGAACUCCCGAGCAUAUCGAAAUCUCAUUCAAUUGUCCAUGUUUGUUUAUUAACAUCAUCGAAUACAUCCUUCUCUCUCGCAAAUAGCACGACAUCAUUAAAUGCCACUAAAUUAGAAGGAGCUUAUUUUACACUCGUGAGAGAAAAGGGUCGUUUACCCUUUGCAGCGAAAAUAUGUUUAAUUCUGAUGUUGUUCAUUAUAUCAGGAUUCUACAGUGGUUUGAAUUUAGGUUUGAUGUCGAUGAGUGUGAACGAUUUAAGUUUGAUAGCUGAAUCCGAAGAUGGUGCACUUCGUUAUUAUGCUCAACGUGUUUUACCACUGAGAAAACGCGGCAACUUUUUGUUAUGUUCAAUAGUUAUUGCAAAUGUUUUGGUUAACUCUCUGGGUACUGUUUUACUCGAUUCUCUUGUUCAUGGUUUAUUUGCUGUUAUUGGUUCGACCAUCAUGAUCGUAUUAAUGGGUGAAAUUAUUCCUCAAGCAAUUUGUUCGCGUUAUGGAUUAGUUAUUGGUGCACAUACGCAUGUGAUAACAUGGGUAACAAUGAUUCUUACCGGUGUCAUCUCGUAUCCAUUAGGUUUUAUACUUAAUAAAAUCUUGGGUCAAGAAGUGACAGCAUCGUAUACACGCGAUCAGAUUGCUAGAAUGUUAACACGUAUUAGCGCUGAUAUAGAAAAACCUGAAAUGGACGUUAUUACGGGUGUACUUUCAUUGCGUAAAAAGACGGUUCAAGAGGCUAUGACUUGGUUACCGGAUGUAUUUAUGAUUGAUAAAGAUCGUAAAACGGAUACGGAACUGUUGCUCGAAGUUCACAAACAUGGCUUUUCACGCAUUCCAGUUUAUUCACACGAGAAAUCAAAUGUUAUCGGCAUUGUUAAACUACGUGACUUUGCUUUGAUUACUCCUGAACAAUACCAUUUAACUGUUAAGCAUCUAAUGGAAUUUCAUACGCAUCCGUUCGGUUUUACCAAGACAACAGAUUCAUUGUACAACUUAAUGCAAGAAUUUCUCAAAUCACGUUGGCAUAUUGCUUUGGUACAAGAAUUACGUAAUGAAGAAGAUAAUGUUGAUCCAGUCUUCAUUACUGUUGGAGUGAUUACACUUGAAGAUGUUAUUGAAGAGAUGCUUCAACGGGAAAUUAUUGAAGAAGCGGACUUCUUCACGGAUAAUCGUCGUAAAAUACAACGUAAACGAGCGAAAACAAUGGAUUAUACAGCAUUAGUCAAACGACCAGUUAAAGGUCCAUCAGUAAGCCCUCAAUUAAAAGUUGCUGUCUUUCAAUAUUUAAGCACAAAUGUGCAACAAUUCACAUCGGGUUUUAUUUCACAUGAAAUCUUGAAGAUUCUACUCAAUUACAAUAUUUAUGCGAUGAUAAAGCAUCAAGCUAAUCAAACAACAAAUGCAAUUUAUUUGUAUAAGAAAGGUUUUCGUUAUGAACUAUUUACAUUAGUAAUGCAAGGCAGUGCUACUUUGGAAUCAGGUGUUGAACAUAUUAUGUCCACCGUCGGGCCGUUUAGUUGUUUUGCUGGUUCAGCAUUACUUGCCGAAAACAAAACCGUCAAAGACGUUCACCAAUUUCUCGAUCAAUUGUUUACAAGUAAUUCAAAAAGUGUAAAGAUCACAAAUCUGCUCGAUGAGAUUUCUUCAAUAUAUAUUCCCGAUUACAACGUAAUUGUCAACAGUGAAUUACAUGUUCUACAGAUCCAUCGUCUUGUUUGGCUAGCUGCUGUUCGUGCAACGCAAAAGCAACGUGGAAGUGAUACGCAUUUUCGACGAAUGCAACCCGAACAGUUGUUAUCACAUGCACUAGAUGAAAUCUCAUCAGUUACCAAUGUUCCAAUUGAUAAAACCAAUUUAACAAAUUUUCAACGUAUUUUUCAAAACGAAAAAGAUUUAGCACAAACUGCCAAUGGAAUUGGACAUCGGGAUACUCAAACAUCAUCAUCUGUCUUUGAAGUUAUACAUUCUUUAUCACCUGUUGACACCAUAAAACCAACUGAAUCAAAUCAAGAAUAUCCUGUUCAUGCAAAUGGACAGCUUCCGAGUGAACAGCACGAUGCGCUGACAGCAUCAGUUAUUUGUAAUCCACUUCUCUUGAGUAUACCAGCGUAUGAUCAGAUCAAUGGAAAUGGAUCUGUCAAUGGCAAUCUUCGUACAUCGAGUAGCAAUUCCACUAAUUUAACAGAUGGUGGAUUUAAUUCAAGUAUGCAUAUUAAUCGAAUGUUCGACGACGCACUAGGACCAUUAAUAGAUGACGAACGAAAUCAAGACGACGAAAACCUAAUCGAUUCACCUCGUAAUGCAACUGGCGCUUUUGAUCUAUUUGAUCAUCCGGCAGCAUCUACACCCAUCUCACCACAAUACUUGGUGCACGCACGUUCAGAUAACGAUCUUGUUCUUGAUCUUCCAUGUCCUCCUUCUAAUGAUCUGUCUCUUAAUAUUCAGAAUGAAACCGUUAAAUCGUUAACACAUACGAAACGGUCGCAUUCGACGAAAUGUUCAGCAUCUUAA